GAAGGAGCUUGGUAUCAUGAGAACGACUUAGAGGGAGCACAGACAGGGCCCAGUCCCUGCUGGGAGGCGAGGGAGGCCUGAGGGACAACUGAAGGGACCCAGCACCCCAGGACGGCUCUCCCCCACCCCCUGCCACCCCGCCGUCUCAGACUGAGGUGCCUCCUCAUUCAGCCUUGAGAAUCUGAGGAAUGGAGACUCAGAUCCGCAGAGAGGGUCUCGGGUGCAGCCCUGCCAGCAUCAAGAGGAAGAAGAAGAAGGAGGACUCAGGACACCUUGGACUCCAGGUGAGCACUAUGUUCUCAGAGGACGACUUCCAGUCAACAGAAGGAGCCCCAUCUGGUCUGCAAAUACAGUGGUCCCAGGAUCUGCCAAGAGUCCAGGUUUUUAGAGAACAGGCCAACCAAGAGGACAGGAGCCCCAGGAGGACCCAGAGGAUCACCGGAGGAGAAGUGCUGUGGGGCCCCAUCACCCAGAUCUUUCCCACAGUUUGGCCUGCUGACCUAACCGGAGUCAUCAUGCCUCUUGAGCAAAGGAGUCAGCACUGCAAGCCUGAGGAAGGCCUUCAGGCCCAAGAAGACAACCCGGGCUUGGUGGGUGGCGCACAGGCUCUCCAAGCUGAGGAGCAGGAGGCUGCCUCCUUCUCCUCUACUCUGAAUGUGGGCACUCUAGAGGAGGUGCCUGCUACUGAGUCACCAAGUCCUCCCCAGAGUCCUCAGGGGGAGUCCUCCUCUCCCACUGCCAUGGACUCCAUCUUUGGGAGCCUAUCUGAUGAGGGCUCCAGCAGCCAAGAAGAGGAGGGGCCAAGUACUUCGCCCGACCUGAUAGACCCUGAGUCCUUUUCCCAAGAUAUACUACAUGACAAGAUAAUUGAUUUGGUUCAUUUAUUGCUCCGCAAGUAUCGAGUCAAGGGGCUGAUCACAAAGGCAGAAAUGCUGGGGAGUGUCAUCAAAAAUUAUGAGGACUACUUUCCUGAGAUAUUUAGGGAAGCCUCUGAAUGCAUGCAACUGCUCUUUGGCAUUGACGUGAAGGAAGUGGACCCCACUAGCCACUCCUAUGUCCUUGUCACCUCCCUCAGCCUCUCUUAUGAUGGCAUACAGGGUGAUGAGCAGAGCAUGCCCAAGUCUGGCCUCCUGAUAAUAGUCCUGGGUGUGAUCUUCAUGGAGGGGAACUGUGUCCCUGAAGAGGUUAUGUGGGAAGUCCUGAGCAUUAUGGGGGUGUAUGCUGGAAGGGAGCACUUCCUCUUUGGGGAGCCCAAGAAGCUCCUCACCCAUGAUUGGGUGCAGGAAAAGUACCUGGUGUACCGGCAGGUGCCCGGCACUGAUCCUGCAUGUUAUGAGUUCCUGUGGGGUCCAAGGGCCCACGCUGAGACCAGCAAGAUGAAAGUUCUUGAGUACAUAGCCAAUGCCAAUGGGAGGGAUCCCAGUUCUUACCCAUCCCUGUAUGAAGAUGCUUUGAGAGAGGAGGAAGAGGGAGUCUGAGCAUGAGAUGCAACCAGGGCCAGUGGGCAGGGAAACGGGCCAAUGCAUGCUUCAGGGACACACCCAGCAGUUUCCCUGCCCUGUGUGAAAUCAGUCCCAUUCUUCCCUCUGUGUUUUAUGGAGAAGUCAGUGUUAUCAGUAGUAGAAGGCACAGUGAAUGGAAGGGAACACAUUGUAUACCGCUUUUAGGUUUCUCUUCCAUACGGUGACUUGGAGAUUUCUUUUUGUGUCCUUUUGGUAAUUUUCAAAUAGUGUUCCUUUAAUAAAAGUUUUAGGCCGGGCGCGGUGGCU